AUGAGUUCCCUCAAGCAGUUUAUUCGAAAUGUGCGUGCGGCCAAGACGAUCGCCGAUGAGCGAGCUGUCAUUCAGAAAGAGAGCGCUGCCAUUCGCGCCAGCUUUCGUGAAGAGAGCCACGAUCCCAACAUUCGUCGCAACAAUGUCGCAAAGUUACUCUACCUGUUCACCCUUGGAGAGCGAACCCAUUUUGGACAGAUCGAAUGCUUGAAGCUUCUCGCCUCCCCUCGAUUCGCCGAUAAACGUCUGGGACACCUGGCUACAAGUUUGUUGUUGGAUGAAAAUCAAGAAGUCUUGACAUUGGUUACCAACUCGCUCAAAAAGUACACUUCUCCCAACGCCCUUCCAAUCCAACAUUUGGUUGCUGACUUUGGAAACAUCGCCUCGAUUGAGAUGUCACGAGAUCUCUUCCCCGAAAUCGAGACCCUCGUAGCCACAGCCAACCCAUAUAUUCGAAGAAAGGCGGCUCUGUGUGCAAUGCGCAUAUGUCGAAAGGUUCCAGACCUACAAGAGCACUUCAUUGACAAGGCUACACAGCUUCUAUCCGACAGAAAUCACGGCGUCUUGCUCUGCGGUCUUACUCUGGUGACAAGCCUCUGUGAGGCAGACGAGGAGGAGGGCGGAGAAGAAGGAAUUGUUGACAAAUUCAGGUCUUUUGUCCCGGGGCUUGUUAGAACUCUGAAAGGGCUCGCUACUUCAGGUUACGCACCCGAGCAUGACGUUACUGGUAUUACCGACCCAUUCCUGCAGGUCAAGAUCCUCCACCUGCUGCGAGUCCUGGCUGUGGGUGAUGCAGAGACCAGCGAGCAGAUCAACGAUAUCCUUGCCCAGGUUGCUACCAACACCGAAUCAUCCAAGAAUGUCGGGAAUUCCAUCUUGUACGAAGCUGUGCGCACGAUUCUCGACAUCGAGGCCGAUUCUGGAUUGAGGGUGCUCGGUGUCAACAUUCUAGGCAAGUUCCUCACCAACCGCGAUAACAACAUCCGAUACGUGGCUCUCAACACCCUGAUCAAGGUUGUCGCCAUCGAGCCCAAUGCUGUGCAGAGACAUCGAAACACCAUCCUGGAAUGUUUGAGAGACCCUGAUAUUAGUAUUCGCCGCCGAGCUCUGGACCUGAGCUUUACCUUGAUUAACGAGAGCAAUGUUCGAGUGUUGAUUCGGGAGCUUCUUGCUUUCUUGGAGGUUGCCGAUAAUGAGUUUAAGCCAACAAUGACCAGCCAAAUAGGUAUCGCCGCUGACAAGUUUGCGCCUAACAAACGAUGGCAUUUCGAUACAAUGCUCCGAGUUCUGUCUCUUGCCGGUAACUACGUCAAGGAGCAGAUCCUAUCGUCAUUUGUUCGCCUCGUCGCUACUACCCCUGAGCUUCAAACUUAUGCGGUUCAAAAACUCUAUAUCAACCUCAAGAAAGACAUUACUCAGGAGAGUCUGACGCAAGCUGGUGCUUGGUGUAUCGGCGAAUAUGCAGACGCUUUGCUCAAGGGAGGACAAUAUGAGGAAGAGGAGCUUGUCCAGGAGGUUAAGGAGCAUGAGGUUGUUGACUUGUUCUCCUUGAUACUUAACAGUGCAUACGCCACACAAGUAUCCACAGAGUACAUUGUGACAGCCUUGAUGAAGUUAACAACCCGCUUCUCCGAUCCAGCUCAGAUUGAGAAGAUCCGAAGGAUCCUGCAAUAUCACCAGACCAGCCUCGAUAUCGAGAUUCAACAGCGAGUCGUCGAAUAUGGCAACCUCUUCAGUUUCGACCAGGUCCGACGUGGAGUGCUCGAGAAGAUGCCUAUUCCUCAGAUCAAGGAGGAGUCUCGUGUUCUUGGACAAGCUCCUACAAAGAAGAAGACCGCCAACAGGAAGUCAAGAGUCAUCAAGCCGACAGAACAAGAUCUCCUGGAUAUUAUGGACGCGCCUGCUGCGUCACCAGCUGCUCCCUCAACGACCAACACUGAUCUCCUCGCCGAUAUCCUAGGUGGCACCUCUUCUCCUCCCCCAUCUGCCUCCUCGCCACCUCCUCAGCAAUCCAAUGUCUCGAAUAUCAUGGACCUAUUUGGCUCCGCCCCUGUGCCAUCUACAGCUUCUCCUGCCCCACCUUCAUCGAACCUGGAUCUCAUGUCUCCCGUGUCGUCAGCACCUCAGCCUCAGGCACCUGCUGGUAUUCCCUGCUAUAACGCAAAUGACCUUAAUGUGACAUUUCAGAUCCAACGCAACGCGGAGGGUAUGAUUCAAGCCACCGCCAAGUUCGUCAACACUUCUGGUUCAGUGAAUCUGUCCAAUGUAUCCCUACAAGCUGCCGUUCCCAAGUCUCAGAAGCUGCAGCUGCUGAGCAUCUCUUCAUCGGACCUCGGACCUGGAGCUGAAGCCAGCCAGAUGAUGCGAGUGUCCGGAUGCAAGGGUCCUCUGCGUCUGCGAUUGAGGAUUGGAUACACGCACCCAACUGCUGGACAGGUCAUGGAUCAAGUCAACUGGACAGAGUCAUUUGCCGAAGCGUGCAAUAUCAUCUUCGUUGCCUCCGAGAAGAUUCCUUGUGUCUUUUCAUCGGGUCGAAGAUUGGGUCUUGCUGCCAUAAACCCUAUAGCCUUUUGCGAGAGAUCAAAAGCCAUGUCGACUCAACGCAGUGGGCAUCUAGAAAGGACAGCCCAGGAGCCACGAGAUGAGUUCUUGGCCGGUCAAUGGCUCGAUACAUACAUCCCAGGGAACCCUAAACCAGGCGGCUUCACACUCACAUCUACACCUCGCGCGGCUGCCGAUCCCAGGUCUCCUUACCUAGAGUUAGCAGUACAAGAAUCUCCAGAUAACCCUCCAGCGGCAUGGCUCUGGCAGUCGCCGUCUAACAUUACUGGUUCGAAGCUACAGGUGCGUGUUGGGGGAAGCUUUGUCUUCCCACCACCUCAGAUACCCGUCAACGACAUAAGCCAUGUAGUGUUUGUGGCGGGCGGCGUGGGGAUCAACCCACUCGUCAGUAUGAUGGGACAUAUAGCUGAAGAGGGAUACAACCUUGAGGUCAAGGUUCUCUACGCUAGCAAGUUACCUGCGCAGGGUCUCAGGGAUGUUCUUUUUCUGGACAGAAUCAGAAAAUGGUUUACGGGAAAACAGCUUAUUGGUGAUUUGAAAAUGUUUACUACGGGGAUAUAUGAAGGGCAAGUCGAGAGCCGUGAACUUGAUGUUUAUGGAAGGAGAUUCACAUUUGAAGAUGUGAAGGAGGCUGUGGGUGAGAAGAGCAAUAGUGUGGUAUAUGUCUGUGGCCCCGCGACGAUGACGGAUGAAAUAGUUGAUGGCUUAACAGGAGAUUGGGGGAUGGACAAGAACAAAGUUAUGCUUGAGAAGUGGUGGUAG